AUGGCCCCGGGCCAGGCGGUGGCUGGGCUGCUGCUGCUGGCGGCCGCCGGCCUCGGAGGCGCGGCGGAGGGGCCCGGGCUCGCCUUCAGCGAGGAUGUGCUGGGUGUGUUCGGCGCGAAUCGGAGCCUGUCGGCGGGGCAGCUCGGGCGCCUGCUGGAGCAGCUGGGAGCCGCCCCCCGAGAGGGCGCCGCGGAGCUCGGCCAACUGCACUUCAACCAGUGCUUAUCUGCUGAAGAGAUCUUUUCCCUUCAUGGCUUUUCAAAUGCUACCCAAAUAACCAGCUCAAACUUCUCUGUGAUCUGUCCAGCAAUCUUACAGCAAUUGAACUUUCACCCUUGUGAGGAUCAGCCCAAACCCAAAACAAAACCAAGUCCUUCAGAAGUUUGGGGAUAUGGAUUCCUGUCAGUGACAAUCAUUAAUCUGGCAUCUCUACUUGGACUGAUUUUGACUCCGUUGAUAAACAAAUCUUAUUUCCCAAAGAUUUUGACCUAUUUUGUGGGGCUGGCUAUUGGGACUCUUUUUUCAAAUGCAAUUUUCCAACUUAUUCCAGAGGCAUUUGGAUUUGAUCCCAAAGUCGACAACUAUAUUGAGAAGGCAGUUGCUGUGUUUGGUGGAUUUUACAUAUUUUUCUUUUUUGAAAGAAUGCUUAAGAUGUUAUUAAAGACAUAUGGUCAGGAUGGAAAAAGGGACUCAAGUUCAUGUACCUGUUUGAAGGGGCCCAAACUGUCAGAAAUAGGGACAAUUGCCUGGAUGAUAACUGUCAGCGAUGCCCUCCACAAUUUCAUCGAUGGCCUAGCGAUUGGGGCUUCCUGCACCUUGUCUCUUCUUCAGGGACUCAGUACUUCUGUAGCAAUCCUGUGUGAGGAGUUUCCUCAUGAGUUAGGAGACUUUGUGAUCCUACUUAAUGCAGGGAUGAGCACUCAACAAGCCUUGCUAUUCAACUUCCUUUCUGCGUGUUCCUGCUAUGUUGGGCUAGCUUUUGGCAUUUUGGUGGGCAACAGUUUUGCUCCAAAUAUUAUAUUUGCACUUGCUGGAGGCAUGUUUCUCUAUAUUUCUCUGGCAGAUAUGUUUCCAGAGAUGAAUGAUAUGUUGAGAGAAAAGGUAACUGGAAGAAAAACCGAUUUCACCUUCUUCAUGAUUCAGAACGCUGGAAUGCUAACCGGGUUCACAGCCAUUCUGCUCAUUACCUUGUAUGCAGGAGAAAUUGAAUUGGAGUGACAGGAAGUGGAAGAUGGUGCUGUUAAUGAAGGCAUUUAAUAAAUAAAAACAUCUCCAAAGGGAUUUUAAAGCCAAUCUUAUUUAGUUAAAAGAUAAUUUUGUUUUCAACUGUAGGUCAGGAAAACUAAUUAUUGAUUUCAGAUUUGUGAAAUAGGCCAUUAUUUGUUGUUAAAAAUAUUUUUGGUUUCAGUCUGAAAUGCCUGGUAUAGGGUGUCUUUGGUGUGAAUACCCAUUUUUCAAUGUUUAAUGCAUAUUAGAAAAUCAUCACAAAGCAAAAGGUAUGCAUUUUAUAAUCAUGCAGACAGGUAGAUCCAGACAAAAAUAAAAGGUUGUGUAAGCUUUUAAAACUCUGUGGUAGGAUCAUACGUUCAAGUGGUUUCAGAAUGGUUUUCUUUCAAUUUGUUCUAGCACUUUCAAGAGCAAGUACAUCAAAAUGUGAAAGAGAAUCAAAAUGUAUACAACACCAAUAUAAAUGAUUCCAAAGCCUUAAUGAACCCAAGAAAGAAAGAUUGCUCACAACUUUUAUUCUGUUUUAUAUUUCAAUUAGGAACUUAUAAGAUUGUUUUGAAAAUUAUCCUAAAAUAAUAUGAAUUAGGAUAUAAAUAAAGUUUUGCUGAUCCUUCUUCAUUCAGGCUUAGAGGUUUAUCUUUAAGUGUAAACUCUACCAGAUUUAUAAAAAGCCAGACUUGCUUCUUUGUGACUUAUGUUGUGGUUGCAUCCCUUACAAAUGGCAGAACACUAUGUAAAGCAAGUGAUAGCUCAGUUUCAGCAUACCAUGUGUUUGCUUUGUGAAUGUCAGAAUAUGUUGGUUUAGAGAAACAAAUUGAAUGUAAUUUUAAGCAAUUUACUUUUCAAGAUACAUAAUUACUUAGCAGAGAAUAUCUUAAUAGAUGAAAAACAAUAGCUGGACUGCCGUACUUGUAUGUCAAGGACUGAUUAAUUGGAAAGUGUAUGUUCUUGUGGGUGAUUUAGAGUCAUUCAGAAAAAACUUAUUUUGUGUUUAGUCUACAUUUUUCUAUAUAAUAUACCUUGGGAAAAAAAAAUUCAGCACACCGUGGUUAUUUUUCUACCUUUUUUAGAAGAUAGAGCCUAUUUACUCAUUUGAGAGACAUAGAAAAUUGGUCUAAAAUUGAACAUCAUAAGCCCAAUCCACACUCCCAAGUCAUUUAAGGAAGGAUGUUUUGACAGUGAGGAAAAUUAUUG